AUGCCUCAUUUAUUGUCUACAGGCCAGUUGCAGUCUCUCCCCCGCUUCAGGUGUCUCAAUGCCGCCAGUUCACGGCUAUUCAGCACUUCUACACCCCUUUCAGCCAUCGGGCCAGAGAACCCCAAGUUCAUAGAGAUUCCCACGACACGCCAGCCUCAGGUGUUUCCGAAACUAGACAUCAAAGGUGUCCUUCCACCUCCUCGAAACCUUUUCCCUAAACGCGCGGGCAACAAGACUUCACCAAAGUACUUCAAGAGAACCACCCCCUUUCCAAAAGACCGAACCGUACCAGCGAACGAAUACGCAGCAUGGAAGAAGAGCCUCGCUACAAACAGGCGAAGCAAUCUUCACGAUGGAUUGAGAUCCCUUCGACGAAGGAAGAAGAUCUCAGACGAACGUAUUGCCUGGCAAAGCCGGAUCACGAGCGAGGAGAGAGCGAGAUUAGUACACGCACCACAACGAGAAGACGAGCGUCUGACUAGCCCAACCAUCACCGAGGCAGUGCGAAAACUGCAAUUGGGACCAGUACCCGACCCGCAACGUGAAGAACGUGUUGCAGCAAAAGCACAGCGAGUCAAGGCCAAGGAAGCAAGGCGGGAAGAAGCCAGGAAAAACGCGCUGCAUACGUUGUAUAUGCAUGCGCGGUCCUUCAUUACCACGGAGGAGCAGUUGGACAAGCAGAUUGAGGCUAUCUUUGUGCCCCACCCGUUCAAGGGAGCAGCUACUGAUAAUAUUUGGGAUGCGGUGGGACCGCCGCCUACCGUGCAGGCACUGUUGUCGACGGUCAAGCAUACCGAGAGGGAGGCUGUGAGGUAUCAUGGUGGGCCGGGUGCUCUUACCGGACAGAGGAUGAAGAAGAUUGCGGAGGAGCUGACGGGUGGGAAGAUGGAUUAG